AUGAGUGUAUUCGACGUUGAUCCAACAGCGCUAUCAUUCAUCGAUAAUUCACCAGAUUUAAUUCCAUUAGACGAUAUUCAACCAUCAAGUACAGUUACUAGCAGCAAUAACAGUUUUGAUCCAUACAAAUUUUUAAAUACAAAUCCAUCGCCGAUUUCAACAACAACAACAACAAUUGUAUCAUCUUCAACGUCAAAUCAACAACAUCAUAAAGAAGGUGAUAUUAAUGUUGAUGUUUCCGAUUGGAGAAAUAUUCAAGUUGAUCCAUUAUGGACCUCUUCCACUAAUAUUGAUGCAUUAACGAAUAACAGAUAUUUUAAUACAAAUAUAUUACCAUUUCAGUCACAUAUCACUUCAUCCACUUCUACUGCACAUAAUAGUAAUAAUCAUCUCACUACUCCACAAAUUUCAAAUUAUCCAUGGACACAACCAUUAUCGUUUCCAUUUCAACCAUAUUAUCCAAAUACUAAUACUAUAAUACAACCUACAAACAGUAAUAAUAGUUCAUGGCUUCCAUCACAAGAUACAAUUAAUUCAUUUAUAACUCCUCCAACUCUACCACUACAACCACAGCAAUCAACAUUCAAUCGAAUGCCAAUAAUAAAAGCACAACCACCACCACAACAACAACAGCAACAACCAUUUUUUCAUCCAAUUCAACCCCCAUUACCACGAUUUAAUACAGACAAUAACAAUGUUAUUGAUCUUACAAUGUACAAUAACACAGUAAAUGCAAACUAUGCAACUAACAGUAUUCGUUCUCAACAACUUUUUACACAACAACCUCUACCAAAAUUAAUUACGCCGGUGCUUACAAAAUCCACUCAAGCUCCACGUCUUCCAUCGACAACGAUCACUACGCCAUGGCCACAUCCACCAACUGAUGUUGAUCUAUUACGUGUUCCUGAUAUUGAUAUUGAAUCGAUAAUUGUUCAAGUUGAAAUGAUAAUACCUGAUAUUGAUGUUGAUAAUGCUCGUCGUCAAAUUACAGCAAUGAAUCCAAUACCAUCUCUCGAUGAUAUUAUUACAUAUUUUUUCGAUAAUGGUUAUAUUAAAAAAAAAAAUCGUAAAGAACAAGAUAAACAUACACAAAUAAAACGUUCGUGGAGUGAUACAAUCGAUGAUAUACCAAAAUUUUUACUUAAAUACGCAGAUCCUAUUAGCUUUUUUUUUGAUAUAAAACGAAAGGUGUCAGAUUCUUAUAUUAAUCAUGCUAAACCAUAUCUAAUACGAGCAUUUCCAUCGUUCGAUAAAACAAUUUUGGAACAAGCAUUAAAAGAAGAAAAUAAUCAUUUUUUACCAACACUUCGAAAAUUAGAAACAAGAAGUGGUAUUCGUACAAAUGCGUUUGUUACAAGACGAUCAAUUAAAAGAGCAUUAGAUCAGUUAGAUGUUCAUGUCGAUGGUAUUUCUCGUUCUACUGUUGGUUGGGCUGGUACGGGAAAGAAUAAGUAUGCGUUUAGUGAUAUACCAAUGAUACCAUGUGAAGAAUUUUAUGAUGAGUUACGUUUCGCUAAAAAUGAAAAAAAAAUUCGAAGUUAUAUUCAAAAACAAAUAAAAGAACAUGAGAAAAAAGUGAAAAAGGCGAAAAGAGGACAUCAAACCAUUGAAUGUGAAGUUUGUAUGGGAGAAGAUUUACUUGUUGACGAUAUGGUUGAAUGUAGUGCGGCUAGUGGUCAUCUAGCAUGUCGUGUUUGUGUUCGUACCUAUGUUGAAACAGGCUUUAAAGAGGGUAAAUGUCGUUUUCCAUGUGUUCGCGAUGGUUGUCACGGUGAAUAUUCAAUGCGUUUAUUAACUGAAUUAUUACCACCAAAAGAUAUUGAACGUUUAAGUAAACGAUCACAAGAAGAAAAUAUUCGACAAGCUUCAAUUGAUGGUCUUGAAACUUGUCCCUAUUGUCCGUACGCAGUUAUUGUUGAUAAUCAAGAUGAUAAAGUAUUUCGUUGUUUAAAUCCAGAUUGUAUGCGAGAAACGUGCAGACUUUGUAAAGAAUUAAAUCAUAUACCAUUGAGAUGUGACGAAGUAGAAAAAGGUAUUGAAUUAGAAAUGCGUAAAUUUAUUGAAGAACAUGUAACAGAAGCAAUGAUUAGAAAAUGUCCACGUUGUACAACAAAAUUUUAUAAAACCGAUGGAUGUAACAAAAUUACAUGUUCAAGUUGUGGAUUGUAUAUUUGUUAUAUGUGUCGUCAACAAAUUAACGGCUACGAUCAUUUCACAAAUAAUGACCGCUGUACAUUAAGUAAUACAAGUGAAAAAAUUCAUUAUGACGAAAUGGUUGGUGCUUAUUCAAAUGCAAAAGCUGAAUAUUUACGUUUACAUCCCGAUGCUCGAGAAAUGGUAUUACGCUAUGAUCCAAUUGCUCAUCUAAAACAUCCUGCUACAACGACUACAACUACAUUAGUAGCUGGACACUAG